AUGACAAUUUUGGAUAAAAAACAACGAUAUUCAUCAUCAUUUAAACAAUUAACAAGGAAAUUUACCUAUUCAAAUAUAAUUUGGUGGUCAUUUCGUUUAUUAAUUUAUUUAAUUUUAUCUUGUUUAGCAGUUUUAUCAAUUUAUCAAUCACAUAAACAAUUUAAAAUUAAAACAGCUGAUCAUCAAAUGAGACAAGAAGAUGAAGUUGAAUUUCCAGCCAUAACAAUUUGUGCACCGACUAUAAUUACACCGAAAUUAUUGUCAGAAUUUUAUCCAGAAUUUGCUACAUUCAUUAACGAAAAUAUGGAUAAACAAUCGGAUUUACUUUAUGAUGAAUUGAAACACUAUGAAUCGAAAAUAAUGAAAAAACAUACCAUCGAAGCAAUUGUUAAUAAUUUUAGUGCAAAAAUUGAUAAUGUAAUACGUUCAUGUCGUUAUCAACCAAUAAGAUUUCGUUAUAUAAAUCAAUCAUAUCGAUAUGUUCCUGAAUUAAAUUGUUCAUUAAUAUGGCCGAUUUUGGAUAGCGUAUUUGCAGGUAAAAAAUGUUGGACAUAUUUUAGCAAAAUGUUGCAUAAUAGUGAAGAUUGGAAACAUCGUUUACCUAAUGUAACCGGGAAACAAAUACCAAAACAUCAUGAUGAUUAUAUUAAAUUAUGUGAAAAAAUUUUCACACGAAUGAUAUUUGAUUAUAAUCCUUCCAUUACUAUUGAAUUGGAACUUGCUAAUGAACAAUGGAAAAAUUGGGCAAAUCCACAAGAAAUUGGUAUUGCUGUACAUCCACCUGAAAUAUUACCCGAAUUAAAACAUUUUGUUUAUUAUAAACUAAAACCUAAUCAUAUGAUGGAAAUUUCAUUGACAAAUCGAAUAAUUAAUGAAACAGAUUAUAAUUCAAAUUGUUUUUAUUAUUCAAAAAAAGAAAUAACUUCAUAUGAAACAUUUCAAUCAUUUGAUGUUUGUGUUAAUAUGUGUAUCAAUUUGAAAUUCUAUUUUACAAAUGUAUCUUGUUUUUCCUAUUUUCGUAUGGUUACAAUAAUCAAUUUGAAGGGUGUAGAAAAAUGGGCUAAACUUUGUCCUCAUGACCAGCAGGAUUAUCUGGUAUAUCUUCAACAUCGAAAUAAUUGUAUUGAAUAUUGUGAUAAAGAUUGUAUACAAAAUAAUUUUGAUAUUGAUUUUCAUCAAACAAAAAUUCAACCACCAAACGGUACCAAUGCAUAUUCACAAAUUCAUAUACGUCUUUCAACAUUUCCAUUUGAAAUUUAUAGCCAUAGAAAUUUAAUGUCAAAUAUUGAAGUAUUUGGUAUAAAUGGUGGACAUCUGGGUUUAUGGCUUGGAUUAUCUGUUAUUGUUAUUUAUAAUGUUAUUAUCAAUUAUUUGUUACCAUUUUUAAAACUUUUAGUCUGUAUAAUUGGUAAAAAAUUACGAUUAUUAUGUUUACAUUUCACUUAUCGAUGCAUUAGACAUUCAAAAUCAUAUGAUAUGUAA